ACCAGAUUUGUUUUUUGUUUUCAAUUAACAUUCAGGGACUCCGCUUUGCGCGCGCUUCACGAUGGCGGCGCCAGAUGUAAUCUUGGCGGUUGACGGCUUGCCUUUCGUGCUCCUUAAACCGGAUAUCAUAUACCGAAUUGGUAGAAAAAAGGGUCUCGAAAUCAGCGCCGCCGAUGAGUCCAUGGAGCUAGCCCACGCAACUGCCUGUAUCUUGCGCCGUGGUGUUGUCCGUCUGGCAGCCUUAGUGGGUAAGAUCUUCGUCAACGACCAGGAGAAGACUGUGGUUGACAUAGGCAGGGAUGACACCCUUGGCGGCAAGGUGAAGCUGCGGUUCGGGAAUGUGGAAGCCAGGCUGGAGAUCGUCGAAGACAAGGAUGAGGCCCACGACAGUAGCGGAUUUGGGGAAUGUCUCAAGAACAGGUCAAUUAACUCGACGCUGGACAGUCUGGACAUACCAGAAACGCAACCACCAUCGGCCAAUACGACAGCCAACACCACGGCGGAUAGUUUUUUCAUACCUGAGACCCAGGCGAUUGCCUUGGGGAGGCCUUCGACCACUGGAAAGGAAUCACUGGGUGAUGACUUUAUGAUCCCUGAAACUCAGGACAUGCUGGCGGAUCUCCCACCUGUGCUGCCUUCUAAGCCUGUUACCGACCAAGAAGAUUUGAGGCUGGACAGCGAUGUGGAAUCAUCCCAGGGCAGCAUUAUACGUAUGUGCACCCAGGACUACAACGAGGAUGCAAUAGAUGAUUUCGAUUCCUCGCAGGUCCUCUGCGACGCUCUGCUUCCAAUGCCGCCACCAACAAAACCUGUGGAAAUCCCUGAGAAACAGAAUAAUAAGCCAGAUCAACUGGACAGCACUGACUUUGAAAUGAGUGCCUUGAAUUGGUCAGCCAGCAAUUCCAAGUGCGGUGCCUUAAGCAGCACCAAAGCUGAUAAUGUGCUGCCUCAAGGCGAUGCCUGCAUAACACCCGACAUGACCGCUCCAUCCGUAGAUCGAAACAUCUGCACCCCUGAUCUGUUCGAUUUGAUCAUGGGAAGGGACACGCGUGCUGGCUCCGGUAGUCCAGAUCCUUUCGUUCGUCCUGCGGAUAAAGCUAAUGAAACCACACCCCUGUUUGGCGGAAUCAAACAGGUGGUUGUGGCAACCAUUGAGACUCCUUCUGCCACUCCCACCGAAGAAAAUGCAACCAGCAGUCAGGAUAUAAUAGCGGCUCAACGAUUUCCAAGACAAAAAUUGUUCGAAAGUGACAACGAGGAAGACGAGGUACCCAAUCAAGAUUUCGUAGCCACACAGGCGUUUCACUUGGCUCCAAAUAGAGGCUCAAAUGAUAGUGAGCCCAAUCAAGAUUUCGUAGCUACUCAGGCAUUUCUCUUACCUCCAAAUAGAGACCCAAAACAACUUAAGGAUGGUGAAAUCAAUCAAGAUUUUGUAGCCACUCAAGCGUUUAACUUGUCUUCAAAUAGAGAUCCUAAGACAUCCAAGGACAAUGAACCAAAUCAAGAUUUCGUAGCCACCCAGGCGUUUUGCUUCGCCCGACCACAAGCAAUAGACUUGCCUGAGAAUACAAAAGAUAAUACUUUCAACCAAGAUUUAAUACCCGCCCAGGAAUUCCCGGACAACAUUAAUAGCCCUCGGUGCCAGGACUUUGUAGCCACACAACCUUUUCAUGUGGAUUCCUUGAGUUUAGGCAACAAGGAAAAUUUUUCACUCCACGACAGUGCCAAAAAAGCAUCAGGUUCCACAUUAUUUGACGAGCUUCCUGAUGAGAUAGAUGCUGUGCUAAAAGAAAUGAUUUCAGGGACUGUAGUAACUUCGCCUACAAAUCCCAAUGAAGAGGCUAUUAAAUUCUUCAAACCUUGCGUGAUCAAGGAUAAGAAUCACUACCAAAAGAUUUGCCAGAUCGAAGGUGUUUUUAGUGAUUUGAGCAACAAAAGUCGAUGGCGUAGUGAAGAAACUGGCAAAGGCAGCCGCAAACGCAUUGCCAAAUCGGAAUCUCCCCCAGCAACACCAAGCCGAAAAAAUCGUCGAAUCUCAGAGGGAUCUCAGAGGUUGGAAUGUAAUUUGCGAAAACGACGAAAUUCAGUUGACAAAAACUCAGAACCUCUACACAAAUCGGUAUGCACUGAACAUCCGAUUGUUUUGAUUCCAGAAGAAAACGAAAAGGGUAAUGAAGGAGAUGUGCCUUUCAAAGAAGUGGCCAAUCAAUUGCAAGCCGAGAGAAAUCAAGAAACUAGCCGCUCUGGUAUUUCAGAUACCUCUUCAUUAAAUAAUGAAGUGAGUGCUGAGAUGAAGAGUAAAGAUAAUGAAGAACCAAAAAACAAGCGUGCUAGAAAAGCUACGACUGCAGCAGAUACAAGCAAAGCGGAUAAAUCCAAGGAAAAGAGUAAUGAAGGAGAUGCGUCUUUCAAAGAAGUGGCCAAUCAAUGGCAAGCCGGGAGAAAACAAGACAAUAGCCGCUCUGGUACUUCAGAUACCUCUUCAGUAAGUAAUAAAAUGAAUAUUGAGAUGGAGAGUAAAGGUAAUGAGGAGCCAAAAAACAAGCGUGGUAGGAAAGCAAAGAUUGCAGAGACACACACAGCGGAUAUAUCCAAGGAUGUUCCCAAGCCAAAAACGAGGACCAGGCGCAAAACCAACGUUGAAGAUGACGACAAGUCUGAUGUACAAAAAGGAACUAAAGCCAAGGACGCCGAGACAAGUAAAGCGGACUCAUCUAAGGAAAUUCCGAAAGUAAUGACUAGAAAAACACGCCAAAAUAGCGUUGAGGAUAGAGAGAAGCUUAAGGCAGAAAAGCUUGUCAAGGCAGAAAAAACUCUUAAAGCAGAUAGUGGAAGAAAGGCCAAGAAUGCCGCAGCUAAGGCGGAACUAUCUAAGGAUAUCCCAAAGCCAACAGUCAGAACCAGGCGCCAAACCACUGACGUAGAUUCUGGGCCAUCUAAUGUCGAAAAUGAAACAACGGUCAAAAAUGCGAGUUUGGGCAAGUCUGACUUACCUAAAGAACUUCCGAAGCCAACGUCCAGGACCAGGCGCCAAACUACUGAAGUACAAUCCGGGACUUCUAAUGACGAAAAGGAAAGAAAGGUAAAUGCCAGUAUAAGCAAGGCUGAUUUACCUGAAGAUAUUCCAAAGCCAUCGUCCAGAACCAGGCGCAAAGCUAGCGAAGACGAUGCUCAGAAUCCGAACGCAGAAAACCCUGUCAAAGUGGAAAAAGGAAGAAAACCCAAGAAAGAGUCAACUAAGGCAUCUGCGGAUAAAGCAGCGGUUACCAAAACAAUUGUUAAAGAUGUCGAUAUCCCUAAUGAAGAAAAACCAGCAAGGACCAGACGCAAAACAAUCGUUGAAAAUGCUGAAGAAAAGCCAAAGCAUACCUCAAUUAAACGUGCUGUUGUGCGUAUAUCCAGAGUAAGCAUUGACGAAACACUGACUUCAUCAACCUCUGGAAACAGUUCUAUAGGAACUGUUCCCAAGUCUGGUUCGGGGACGCCGACCAGCGCAGAGCUAUCAUCUGGCUCCGUUGCUGCCAAAGGGUCUAAUCUGUCAGCAUCAGGACGUGCCCCCAGAGCAACUCGAGUUGCCACAACACCAUCUGUAGAUGAGUCAUCAAAUAGCUCAGUUACCAGAAAAGGCCUUAAGAGGGUAGCAUCCCGUGAAGAGCCAUCACCAUCAAGCUCUGUCAUUGCCAAAAAGGCUAACAUUUCAGCUGACGAGGAAGGUCUAAAGAAUCGAUCUGGCGCAAUGACUACAAGAUAUAGUCAACCGGAUCCGGAUCCCCUUAAAGGCUUUAAUCAAUAUGUGAGGAAAGCCAAAACGACAGGCAAAAUAAGGAUAGCGUUCACGAUGUGCAAUCGUCAGGCGCUGGAAUCGGUCUUAAAAUCCCUAAAACAUGUGGUGGAGAUAACCGAAGAUCCUCUACAGUGCGAUCUACUUAUCAUGGACAAAGGCGAGCGUACCUACAAGUUCCUCACGGUCAUUGCUUCCAACAAACCGGUUCUUUCAUCCAAUUGGCUUCAUUUCGUGAAGAAAUCCAGAUGCAUAGACGUAAAGCAAGAACAUCUGUUUAAUGAUGCCAAGUUCGAAGAGACAUUUAAGUUUAAACCCUUUUCUGUACUGGAACACUUUCGUUUGUUGAAUGGCUUGCAUUUUAUGCUUGGAGAAGACAUCGUGCCGAAAGCCAUUGAAAUGAAAGUCAUUAUUCAAAGUGCCGGCGGAAAAGUACAUACUCAACCGCCUUCGCUGGCCGUCAGUGUGGAUCUAUACGUGGUCACCACAAGUAAGGACACAAAAAUCAAGCGACGUCUGAGCAAUCACGAGAAAGUGCAUUUUGUCAAAACCGAGGCCGUAAUGCAGGCGCUUGUUCAACAGAGCACGGGACUUCUUAAGGAGUAUAAGCUUAAACUUUAACCGCCAUAAUUUGGAACCUAUUUUUAAGAUAUUGUUAAUUUGUGUUAGCGUUAAGAACAGACAGUUCUUGAUUAACUACAUCAACAUCACGUCUAACAAGGCAACUCCAAGAGCACCUUACCAAGUGUCAGUAUCAGUUUUUGUAUUAUAUAUUUUUUGUUUAAUGUUUCUUGAGGUUGCUUCCCUAUUGUGGACCUUGCGAAUUUUGUUGUUACAUUCCUUUGGCCUGUCAAAUACAUCAUAUAUACGUACUGCAUAA